ACCCCUUACAUAUUCUUUCUGUGGAUUUCCCUAAGUGGUAAUAUUUUACCACAUUUGCGUUAUCACAGUCUAUCCACCUAUUAUUCCAUUCACACACAUACACACAUCCUGUUUUUCUGAACUCUUUAUCCCUAAAUACUUAAGUGUGUAUUUCCUAGAAACAAGUUAAUUUUUUCAAGUGACCAAAAUAAAAAAAAAAUCAAAAUCAGAAUAUUGAUAUCGAUACAGAACUAUUACCCAAUCUACAGAGCUUACUCAAAUUUUACUGAUUGUCUCAUUAAUAUUUUUUAUAGUAAAUGGAAAAAAAUAUGUUUCUGGACCUUUCCUUAUUAUCUUGCUCAUUUUAUUGUGGGUACACUGGCUUUCACUCAAAAGUCAGAGCUCACUAAUUAUGACCCAAAUCCUUUAGGUAAGAAACCAUAUGGAUGCAAUAAAUGUGCAGUGAAUGCUUAUGAACCACUCAUGACCGUGCUUCAGAGAACUCAUGCAGGAAAGAAAUCCCAUGAAUGCUGUGAUUGUAGGAAAGCCUUUCCCAGUAAGUUAAAGCUAAUUACUCAUCAACAGACUCACACAGGGGACAGACCAUUUGGGUGCAGUCAAUGUCAAAAAGGCUUCAUUACAAAGUCAGCACUCAUCUGUCAUCAGAAAACUCAUCAUAGAGAAGGGAAAUCCUAUACAUGCAGUAAAUGUGGGAAAGCUUUUCCUUGGAAGUCAAAACUCACUUUACAUCAGAGAACUCAUUCAGGAGAGAGACCUUUCAGAUGCAGAGUAUGUGAUAAAGCCUUCAUGGUUCAGACACAUCUGACGGUACAUCAGAGAACUCACACAGGAGAGAAACCAUAUGAAUGCUCGGAUUGUGAGAAAGCCUUCUCAAAAAAGGCUCAGCUCAUAAUCCAUCAGCGAAUUCACACAGGAGAGAGACCAUAUGGAUGUAGUCAAUGUCAAAAAGAAUUCAUUACAAAGUCAGCACUCAUCUAUCAUCAGAAAACUCGUCAUAGAGAAGGGAAAUCCUAUACAUGCAGUAAAUGCAGGAAGGCUUUUCCUUGGAAGUCAAAACUCACUUUACAUCAGAGAACUCAUUCAGGAGAGAGACCUUUCAGAUGCAAAGUAUGUGAUAAAGCCUUCAUGGUUCGGACACAUCUCACUGUGCAUCAGAGAACUCACACAGGAGAGAAACCAUAUGAAUGCUCGGAUUGUGAGAAAGCUUUCUCAAAAAAGGCUCAACUCAUGAUUCAUGAGCUAAUUCACACAGGAGAGAGACCAUAUGGAUGUAGUCAAUGUCAGCAAGCCUUCAUCCAGAAGUCAGAUCUUACUAAUCAUAAGAAAACUCAGCAUGCAGUUGGGAAAUCUCAUGGAUGCAGUGAAUGUGGGAAGGUUUUGUCCUCUCAGUCAACUCUCAUUAUACAUCAGAGAACCCAUACAGGUGAGAAGCCCUUCAAAUGCAGUGUAUGUGAUAAAGCUUUCACAUCAAAGGCACAUCUUAUUGUCCAUCAGAGAAUUCAUACAGGAGAGAAACCAUAUGAAUGUUCAGAUUGUGAGAAAGCCUUCUCCACCAAGGCACAUCUUAUGAUUCAUCAGCAAAUUCACACAGGAGAGAGACCAUAUGGAUGCUAUGAAUGUCAACAGGCUUUCAUCCAGAAGUCAGGUCUCACUAACCAUUUGCAAAAUUGUCAUGCGAGAGUGAAAUCUCAUGGAUGCAGUGAAUGUGGAAAGGUUUUGUCCUGUAAAUCAACUCUCAUUAUACAUCAGAGAACCCAUACAGGUGAGAAGCCUUUCAAAUGUGGUGUAUGUAAUAAAGCCUUUACGGCUAAAUCCUAUCUCACUGUACAUCAGAGAAUUCAUACAGGAGAGAAACCAUAUGAAUGCUGUGAUUGUAAGAAAGCAUUUGCUACUUUGUCAACUCUCAUUGGUCACCGGAGAACUCACACAGGAGAGAGGCCCUAUGGAUGCAAUGAAUGUCAAAAAGCCUUCUUUCGGAAGUCAGCUCUUACUAAUCAUCAGCAAACUCAUCAUAGAGGAAAAUUCUCUAUGCAAUGACUGUAGAAAUGUGAGAAAUAGUUUUUGAAUAGUCCUAUCUGUUCAGAGAACUCAUGUAAAAUAGAAAUGCCAUGAAUGCUGUGAUUAUAGUAGACCUUUCUGGAACUUCUAUAGGAAAUAAACCUUAUAGAUGCAAUGAAAGUUGUAAGCCUUUCCUCUGAAGACUCCUCCCAGUAUACCACAGGGAUCUCGCCAAAAGAGCAACAUUGUAAAUGCAGUGAUUGUCAAAAAUUUCAUUUGAAAGUCACAGGCUAUGCGUUUAGGAGGCAACACCUGUGAAUGCAGUGAAAGUGGGAAAUCAUUCUUUUCAAAUCACAUUUGUUAUACAUUAGGGUAUUCAUUAAGGGGAGGGACGCUGCCGUUGCAGUAAGUGCAGAAAAGCCAAGAAAAAUCACAUCUCAUUGUACAUAAAAAUUUCAUGAAUUUUGUGAUAAUGAUAGCAUUCUCCAGAAAGUCAAAACUCUUUGACC